AUGGAACCGGUUAAAGAAGAAUUUGCAAGUUUAUCGUCAAUCUCCAUUACGUCCCGCAUCCCAGAUUUUUGGAAGAAAUCGCCGAAAAUAUGGUUUAUACAAACGGAAGCAGUUUUAUCGCCACAGAAGAUGUCAGAUGAGGCGAAAUAUCAAAUAGUAAUUUCUAAAUUAACGCCAGAAGUCAUCGAGCAAGUCACGGACAUUUUAAUUAGCCCGCCGGAGACAGGAAAAUAUGAAAAGUUAAAAAGAAGAUUAUUACAAAUUUUUGAAGAAUCGGAAGAUCGACAAAUAAAAAAAUUAAUUGGCGAAAUGGAAUUGGGUGAUCAAAAACCGUCACAAUUAAUGAGGAAAAUGCAAGAUUUGGCGCGUGGACGAGUAACAACAGAAACACUUCUAGUUUUAUGGCAAAAUUUAUUACCGCCGGCAAUAAGAGCUGUGUUAGCCGUUUCCGAGAGUAAAAGUGAAGAUAUUUUGGCAUCAAUAGCAGAUAAAGUUAUGGAGAGCAUGACACCCUUAAACUCGGUAUCAGCAGUUCAACAGUCCAGUUUAAGCAACAGUCCAGAAAAUAAUUUGAUUGGUGAGAUAGAAAAAUUAAAUAAUCGACUGAGAAGAUUGGAAACAAGAAAUAAUACAUCAAAUGUUAGAACGAGGUCACGAUCCAGGUCAAGAGGUAGAUUUCAACGUAAUCAAAGGCAUAAUCCCAAUUGGCUUUGUAAAUACCAUUACAAAUUUAAAAACAAAGCGACGAAAUGUGUGAAGCCGUGCAACUGGAAACCUAGUCAGCGUGAGAAACCAGCGGAAAACUAG